AUGUCCUUAGCAAUAAAUCAAACGAAUGUCAAAGAAACAGAUAAAAAUAAUAACUCGACUGACGUGAAGAGACAAGUACAACAUCCACCAUCAACGAACAUAUUUUUGAAUACUAGAGGACGUCUUAUGUCCAUUGAUGAUAUCCAAAAAGCAAGUGUAGUGUCUCCGAACCCUUAUCUAGUUUACCCUCGAAGAAAAAGUUCAUCAGUUGCUCUCAAUAGUUCCGUAUUGCAUUCGAUUGAAGAUAAUAUCAAUGGACAUAUUGUUCGCAUUCGUCUCAUCUUCAUUCGUAUCGGUGAAAUCGAUACACUCAAUGAAAAAUAUCAAGCGGAUAUCUAUUUUGAAGCCCGAUGGAUAGAUCGUAUUGAUUUGGAUACACUUGAUCUAACUGCUCAGCAACGUACACAAUUAAUAAAUGAAUUGGCAACUAUUCGUUUGAACGAUUUUUCUCCAAUUACCCAUUGGACACCCGAAUUAUCGAUUGAAAAUGCUAUUGCACAUAUUGGCGAACCAGAAAAAUGGUUCACCAUGACGAAAGUUGCACCUAAAUUAGAUGAAAUAAUUCCGGCACCUUUGGUCAAAUUAGAGAUUUGCGAACACCGUCGAGCACGAGGUGCAUUUUGGGAAAAACUCGAAUUGAAUCAUUUUCCAGUCGAUGUACAAGAUCUUACAGUUUCAAUCACUAGUGAUCAUCAUAUGAAUACGGUUCUGCUUGUCCAAGAUGAAGAUCGCUUUUCGAUUAUCAAUCGUGAAGCAUUCUUUGAUCAACAAGAAUGGUCACUGUAUGAACAUGUGACUACAGAAACGCGCGAAACAAAUGAAGAAUAUUCGUUCGAACAUGAAACAGGCAUCGAACCCAAAACCCAUCCAGUUCUUGCUGUUACUUGUCGCGCAGCUCGUCAACCUGGUUACUACUAUUGGAAUGGAUUUUGCCUGAUUUUUCUUAUUACUCUCUGCGCUUUUUGCAUUUUUGCUAUUCCACCAAAGUAA